AAUGGUCUCUCCCACAAGAAAUCUUGCUAUUGAUUUUACAAAGGCUAUGCAUAUCGGAUUACCUUGUGUUUCCCCAAGUAUGUGUUCUUGGCGAGCUGCUGUGGAGAUAGGUGUUGCUACCAAGAGUUGCCUUCCUGCUCCUCAACUUCCACGAAUCCACGGCUUUUGCUCAUCUCUCUUCCCACCGUUAUAUUAUUUCCUUCCACAUUGAAGAUCAAACUUGCUUUGUGAGUGAUGGUAAUCGGAAACUUGUUUCAUUGGAAUCAUAUGCUAGUGAUAUUUUAUAUUUCCUCGAGGUUUUGGGGGGGGGGGUUUAUUGUCUUGGGUCUAUUGAGGGGUGGCUGAUCAUGGAUUCAUGGCUAAAGAUUAUCCUAUUGUCAACUUCUUCUAAUCUACGGUGUAUUGAAUCGGAGUCCCUUGGCUCUGUUUGGGAUUUGAUUGAUUGAGCUCAGAAAUGCCGGUCCGAGCGGCAGAGACCUCCGCGCCUCCUCAACACCAUUCAGGUUCAAACUGCGGACAGACAUCUCCCCCACCCUUCACACUUUUAAGCGUUGGCCAGGGCUUCUCCGGUACUCAAAAUGUUUCGAGUCUGCAGAAAGAGGAAGCUUGGAGAGUAAAUGUUCGGAUACAAGGGUGUGAUCUUGAGAAUGGUUAUCUGUGUGGUACCAUGGAAGCACUUAAUGUUCCCAUGGCUGACACACCAGUCGUCACCUUUUGGGAAGGGGAGAUUGUUGACACCAAGAAUUAUACUUUCUUCACUGAGAAGUGGGAAGCAACACACGAUGAUGAUAUAAGGCACUGGACCAAAUUUCCUUCUUUUUCUGCUCUUUUGAGCCGAGUGGAAGUUGAUGGUGGCAAAUCAUUAGAUCUCAGCAACUAUAAAUACAUAUUCAUGAGAUGGAAGGAGCAAUACUUUGUGAAUGUUGGCACAGACUGUGGUUUGACUAUAGCCGGCUUUUACUAUGUGUGUUUCUCAUGUAGUGAUGGCUCCAUCAAUGGCUUUUAUUAUGAUCCUAAUAGCAGCCCGUUCCAGAAGCUUGAGCUGAAAUCCACAAAUGAGGGAAGAUUAGGAUUCAGCUUUUCGUCCUACGAACUGCGAUAGUAUUUGUUAUACAUAUAUUCUCUCUUUUGUACAAGCAUGGUAGACGUUAACAAUAUGUAGAUUCGUUUUGUGUUAGUAAUGGUACUUAACGGGCUGUGUUGUAUAUGGUACUAGUGACUUUGAGAUGAUAUGAAAUCAUGCAUUUGAUCGUGAAUUUUUGAUUAAGUGAGAAAUACAGGAAAGUUUAGUUGGUUCUC